ACCCUCCACCGCCGACCAUACGUCCACCGUUGAUUCCCGGACCUCCGACCGGUGUUUCAUCUACCGAUCGAUAACUCUUUCGUAGCUUCGUUCCGAUUUCCAUUUCCGUACUACACUCCGACUACACACUCGUUUAUUGCCGACGUUCCGUCUGCACCGUAACUCGUAAGUAUUUUUUAGACAAAUUGUAUAUUUUAUACCUAUUUAGUUUGUUUUUUCUGAGUUUACCUGUUAUUACGUUAUGUUUUCGAAUAAAUAAUUUUCAACUUAAUUUCCCCUUCAAUUUUUAUUAUCUUUUUGUCAUAUUUCCCGACUGAGGUCAACAAUAUCAUUAGGUUAAGGUAACCCUUGUAUGUUUAUUCGACCUAUUGCUAUUUUGUAGAUUAUUUUGUUCGAAAACGCCAUAAAUUGAGCUACCCAGUCGAAGUCGGUUCAUAGACUGACUUUGAAAAAUUAAUUUCCUACACUUCUGUACACUACCCCAAGUUCUGGGCGUUUAAUUUAUGGGCACUAUUUGUUUUUAUCACCACGGCCCAAGGUUACCUUAUAUUUACUCUUAACUAAUUCACAUAUUUUGUCCUUUAAAUUAUUUUGUUUGAACCCAAAUGUAAUUAUUCUAUCAAAUAUUUUCUGGUUGGUGGAUGUAAGAAUGUAACAAAAAUUAAAACAAUACAUUGUAAGAAGCUUAACUCGUCAUAAACCCUUGGUCAUAUUAUAUAUAAAAUAUACCUAUAUUUAUAUAUCUAUGAAGUAUUGUGUAUGUACCUACUGUACCAAAUAUUGUAUACUGCAAGGGUUUUUUUUACGUCAAUAAACCUAGUUGAAAAACAAAUGAUAGCUUUGAUUAUUUUAAGAAAAAGUUUUCACUUUUUUUAUAUGGAGUAUAUUAAAGAGCUGCUCUAAUAAAUUAUACACUCAUAACUGUAUGCUCAUUAUUAUAGGCACACUAUACAAACACUUUGUUAAAACAAAAACGUGAAUAACUUUUGUACUUCGUGAAAAUUAAUAAUUCAGAUUAUUUGUUUAAUUUCAAAAGUUUCAUUGACAACCCCUAGACUCUAGGGGUUGUCUAGGAGUGUCCAGGGCCUAGAUUUUGUCUACAUCACUAGAAUAUUAUAAUAUAGUGUUUUACCGUAAUUGUAGAUACCAAUUAAUCAAUUUAUAAUCAUUUAACCUUUGAUGAGUGUCUAUCAAGAUAUUUAAGUAAACAGACCUACCUACAAUGUCAAUUCCAAUGACAUUGUAAUCAACUUACCUAUAAAAUUACUAUAGUUUUUUUUUUCUAUACAUUUAAAUCUUUUUUAAUUGCUUUGUAAACAUUUUUUAGAUAAGCAAGUCAUUAAGUACCUAAUUUUUAUUGACCUUUUUUUUUCCUUUUUGGUAAUAAUGUUUCUUUAAUGAUAAAUCUAUUUUUAGUAGGUAAAAUAAAAAUGUAAUGUCAAUGUUAGUAGGCUUAUGUGUAUCAUCAAAAUCUUAUUUCUUUAAACCUUUUCUAUUCAGUAUAAUACCUAGCCAUUUUACAAGUAUUAAAGGUUUAAACCCAUAAUAAUAAAAUAAUUUGGAUUUAAUAGGUCGGCGUUUCUAAACUUUUUUUCAUUCAUGUACCCCUCACAACUACUUUAUGGACCCUCGAGCAACCCUACACUAUCUGCAGAUUAAAUAAUAUCUAGUAUACAUAUUCCACCGCCUAUAAUGAUAUAUAAUAUUCCUAUUGUAUCUUUAGUACAUUCAUGUAUUACGAAAAACCGAUUUACAAUAUUUCACAAAUAACAAGCUAUUUCAAUCAAAUACUACAAAUUUCAUUUUUUCACCGCAGACCCCCGGUUGACAAGUGUAAUAGUUAACCUAAUUUAAAUAAAUAAUUUAUAUGAAAUCACUCAAUAAUUGUAAUUAUCAUCCGUUAUUUUUUUUAAUAAUUUCAUAUGAUUUAUUCAAGGUUAAAACGUUUAACCUUGAAAACAUGGUUUAGUGUAUUUACUUUUUUCAAUUUCUAUUUAAGUGCCAAAUGUAUCUCAGAUUUAUGAAUCAUAAAUACGGGACACUUUAAAUCUCACUUAAAAUUUACACAUAUUGCAACAAACUAUAUGGUGGGAGAGGGGUGAUAGUAAGGAUGUAGCGCUCAAAACUAGUCCGUAAUUCAAAAGUUAUCUAUUCAAAGCCAGAAGUUUAAGAAAAAUAACGUUGAAAUCAAACUAUCAUAUUAAGUUACCAUAAUUUAAAAAUGUAAUUUGUCUACACUUCUACAGUGAUAUUUACUACCCAAUCUCAUUGUAACAUGCUAAUUAGAUUUAUAAAAUUUUAAAAUUAAGAGACGCUCAGAAUGGAGGAAUCUAAAUAUGGGACAGAAGUGUUGUUUAGAACAUUUGGUUGGGAUACCGGGAUGCUUAUCACAAAUAUGGGACAAUCUCGUAUAAUACAGAACGUACGGGAUCUUAUUUAAUGAGGGUUUUAAACAAAUUUAGUUUCCAACCCAAGCUUGUUUUUCAAAAUUUUUUUUUCUAAAUGUAUGUUUGGAUGAUUUCUAUGGUUUAUGUUUCAAUAUUUUUAAUUCACUAUUUUAUUGAUUUCAACUGAUAUGAUUUUUUAUUAUUAUUAUUUUAAAAUAAUAAAAUGAUUGAUAAUAUACAUUUAUUUAUUUAUUUAUAUAUUUAUUUGACUGUAUAAUAUACUGUACAUUCAUUAAAAAACAAAAUCCGAAUUAAAUUAAAAUACAAUUGUUACAAUAAAUUAUAAUAAUAUUAGUUUGUAUUAUUCAAAACUAUUGUAACUUUUUUUCUGUUGUUUUGCUGUAUACCGCUAUAUAAAUAUUAAACUAGUAAACAUUGUAAAAUCAAUACUUUCCUCGCUCUGCUCAGAACCUACAAAAAUAAGUGUAAGUGGUAUGAAAAUUGAUUGGAAAGUUGCAUAGAUAUUAAAAAUAUAGUUAGGUCAUUCCUAUGCUUGAUAAAUUGUAAGGAGCAAGCAUUAGUAGCUUGUUAGAAUAGAAUAAGGGAGGUAUUUUUAGAAAUUUCCGCAGUCCCUUUGACAAUAUUCACAAUCAUAUAAAAUACUACUGAUUGCCUAUCCAUGUGUUUAACAAUAUACAAAAUUUAAAUCUAGUAUAAUUAGAGAUCAUGAACAUGUUUGUCUUUCAUAUUAUUUCUGAAUAUUGUAUCAUUGACCAUUGCAAACUGUAGUAGUUUUUAGUCUUUUUAAAUUAACCACCCUCUUUAAAAGCAAACAAUUUUUCAACCUAAUUUUAUAGAAAUUUCGUAAUUAAGGUAAUUGGGUAGUGAUUCUCAGCCAAUAUUCGAGGCAGUCCAUUAGCUUUUAUUCUUAAUACAAACCACAUACUUCAUCGUGUCAAAACUAUUGAUAUUUUAAGUCAGUAAAUUUGUCACCACUAAUUCUAUCUAACAUUCCCAAUACUUCCAUCUUAUAUAGCUGUAUUAUUAAUAACCAUGGUGAUUACUACAGCAUCAUCUUAAGUCCUCGGAUCUGAUGUUUAAUUCACGAUGCACAACUUGAUGAAUUAUAUGAAGUAUUAGUUAUCUCGAUCGAUAGCCAGUAAAAUUUAGAAUAAUCUUAAAAUCAAAAUUUAACAUAAUUUGGAAAAUAAUAAUAUACACUAUAGUCCUUACCACUAUUUUCUUAAUUUUGCUAUAUUUCCAUCUCGAUUACUUAUGAUUUGCUGGUAAUCAUAAUUUGGCUAUCUCAAAUUCUCAACUGUCUGAUUAUGCGAUGGUUAUCCUUAUAAGAUAACUACCAGUCAUCUUAUAAAUCGUAUCACAUACAUAUUUAGUCAUUUUAACUUAAAGCCCUAAAUUAUACUUUUACAUCUAGUAGUAUCUAUAUGACUAGUAGAUCUAUAUCACUAAUUGAAAAUCAGUGUACAAAUGUUUGGUAAUUGUAGAAAUCUUAAGUAAUCUUAUAGGAAAUCUUGAUAAUCAUUAGGAAAAUCAUAGUAUUCUGGAUGAUUAACCUUCUGUAUACUUGUCAUAUUUUUACUCUAUUAAUCUAUUUUAAUGUAAACAUUAUUUUGUCCUCAGAAGUGGAAAAUAUAUUUUAUGAUGAUACAUUUGUCCAAAUAUCUAUUAAACUUCAAACUCUAUCCUGAUUUAACAUCAAUAUUUUCUAGGUUUGUAUAUUAUUCCUUCCUUCCUUUUGUUUUAAUUUUGUUUUGAUAUUAUUUAUUUCUAUUAUUAGUUUGUUGUGUUUUAAAUAAGUUGUAAUACUUUACACACUUACAUAACAAUGUAAUUAAAUGUGAUUUUCAUAUUAUCUAGAUUAUUAUUUCUUUUUAAAUUAGUAAUAAAUAUAAACCAGAAAUUAAAUUCAACUUUAUAAUUUAGCACUUAAAUGUUAAAUAAUACCCCUGAGCAGUAUAACUCUAUCACUAAAGUAGAAUCCUCUCCUCUCCCCUACCUCUUUUAUGUAAUCAAAUUAUUACUUCUAAAAUAAUGGCAAAUUUGAGCUUAAAAACGGUUAGUUUAGGUUAAAGGUGGGGGUUGAAAAUUGAAAUCCCCUAAAGGCAUAUCCUUAAUACUAACACCAUGCAUAUACAGCAUUUAAUUUGUCUGACUUUAUUUAGGGGAUUCGAAACUAAACACAUCCACUUCCCAUAAAGAUAUAGUAAAUUUUGUCCAAUUUUUAUCACUUCAAUCUGUUUAUAAGUCUAUAAAAAAAACUGUAUUUUCCUAAUUAGAGCUCAUUUGGUGCAGAGAAAGCUGCUAGAAAUCUACAAAAAUAGCACACUAUGUAAUUGUCUAUAUUUUUGGGUAAUUUUUGACAAAAAUAUAUUAUUUUCAUAAACAUUCAUUAUACAAUUUGAGCGUUUAUUAUUAAGUUUAUUAGUACUAAGACUAGAAGGAAAAAAAUAUAUAUAAUAUGUAACAUGAAGAACAUGUGUGAAGAUCAUUCAAUCAGAACCUAAUUAUAUUUUAUAUUUAAUUUGUUACAUUAUUUUAUAUAAUUGUAAGGUAAUUAAUUGACCAAUUGACCGUAACCUCGAUCUGACAUUGAUGUACAAAAUAUAUUUGAUUAUUAGCCAACUAUUUAAUAGUUAUUUGUUUAUUGAUAUACUGACUUAAUUAUUGUGUUUUUGUUUAGAUCUUUCAAUAUUUCAAUCAGCAGAAAGUUUUCUUGCAAAGGAAACAAUAUGAGUAUUAAAACAAUUGUAGCUCGUUCAAUUUUCGACUCCAGGGGUAACCCCACUGUAGAAGUAAUGUCAAUUUUUGAUUUUAAAGUAUAUCUUAACUGGUUGUUUUAAUUUUAUAUUUAAUGCAUUUUGUGAAUAGGUUGAUUUAACCAUUGAAGGUGCACCACUUUUCCGUGCAGCUGUACCAUCUGGUGCCAGUACUGGUAUUUAUGAAGCAUUGGAACUUCGUGAUAAUGACAAGGCCAACUAUCUUGGAAAAGGAGUAAAUACUGCUGUUAACAACAUCAACACUCUCAUUGCUCCUUUUCUAAUUAAAUCGGUAUAUAAAACUUGUAUCAUAAUAAUUAAUUAAUUUAUAUAUAUAGUGUGUCCCACUAUAUUUGACAAUUUUUUUUUUCAAUCGGUUUGUCUUUGAGGAGGACAUCAAUUUAGAGAAAAAUUAAAUUUUUAUUUUCAUCUCCUAAAAUUACUUUAUUUAUUUACUUUAGAAGAUUUUCAAAAUAACCAUUUUGUAAAAAAUAUUAUUAUACAAAUUAUAAUAUAUUAUACAUUCUUCAUAUUUGAUUAAUAAUUUCUUUAUGAUAGCCGUUUUAUUUCUAGAAUAUAGGAGUGAAAACAGAUAUUAAUAUUCAAUAGAAGGUAAACUAAAGAAUUACCAUACUGAUAGUAAUUAAAACGGCUGUAACUAAGAAAUUAUUCAUCAGAUAUGAAUGUGUGAGAUACAUUAAAAUAUUUUAAAUAAAUAUUUUUUACAAAAUGGCUAUUUUGAAAAUUUUCUUAAGUGAACAGUUAUUUUUGUUCUUAAGAGAUGAAAAUAAAAUUUUAAUUUUUCUCCUAAUCAAUGUCCCUGGAAGACUAACCGAUUACAAACAAAUUUUAUAUUAACAGUGCUAGAAAAAUCCGCCGAACACGGUUGGACAUACUGUAUAUAUAAAACGUAUUAUACCUUUUUUAAAUUCAGUUGGUUGUUAAACUUAUUUUUUUUAAAUGUGUCAACUUUAUUGAAAUAGGGAAUUCAAGUCACUGAUCAAAAAGCUAUUGAUGGAGCUAUGUUACAAUUGGAUGGAACUCCAAACAAGUCUAAGCUUGGUGCCAAUGCUAUAUUGGGUGUCUCAUUAGCUGUAGCUAAAGCUGGUGCCUUUAAAAAAGGAGUUCCUCUUUACAGGUAAUUAAAAAUAUAUAAAAAAUAAUACUUAAUAUAUGAAUUGAUUUUUAAAUUGAAUUUGUUAGGCAUCUUGCUGAUUUAGCAGGGAACAAAGAAAUCAUUUUGCCUGUUCCAGCUUUCAAUGUUAUCAAUGGUGGUUCUCACGCUGGUAACAAGCUAGCUAUGCAAGAGUUCAUGAUUUUGCCAACUGGUAAUGAUUUGCAAUUUAUUGAAAUAUUUCAAUUUCAAUUUUUUAACAUUUGAUUAUUGUAAUUAAAACAAUUUUAGGAGCAUGUUCUUUCACCGAGGCAAUGAAAAUUGGUGCUGAAGUGUACCACAAUCUCAAAAAUGUCAUCAAGGCAAAAUUUGGUUUAGAUGCUACAGCUGUUGGAGAUGAAGGUGGUUUUGCUCCCAACAUUCUUGAGAAUAAAGAGGGUUUGCGUUUAAUUGAAACCGCUAUUGAAAAAGCUGGAUACAAAGGAAAAGUUGAGAUUGGAAUGGAUGUUGCUGCUUCUGAAUUUUACGUGUAAGCUAUUUUUUUUUUAACAAUAUCGUAAAAAAAAUUAACAGUAUUUUUUACUUCAAAAUUCAAAUAAUCCUGUAUUUUAUCAAACUUCAAUUUUUAUUAUAGUGAUGGAAAGUACGAUCUAGACUUUAAAAAUAAAUCUGCUAGCAAAGAUAAAACUCAAAUAAUUACUACUGAGGCUUUGACCGACUUGUACAAAGAAUUCAUCAACGAGUUCCCAAUUGUUUCAAUUGAAGAUCCAUUUGAUCAAGAUCAUUGGGAUGCAUGGUCUGCACUUACAUGCUCUACUGAUAUACAGGUAAACUUAGGCAUAUACAAUAUCCAAAUAUUUUGAGCAAAAUGAUAAUGAUCAUUUAAAUACACUAAUUUUUCUUAUAUUGACAGGGAAAUAUAGUUCAAGGAACAAAAACAUAUUUUGUUUUACACCUUAACUUAUGCUAUCUAUUUAAUUUAAAAACUAAUCAAAUAUAAUAUAAACUUAAUUUUGUUAGGUGAUUUUUCAAUGCUUAUCAAUUAUAAAAGUAAUAUUACUUCUUUUACUGGUUCUUUUUUAAAUAAUUGUAAAACUCAAACCCCAACAAUAUUUUCAUGAUAUAAUUGAUUAUUGUCGUAUAUAUGGCUACUACUAUACUACUAUUAAAUUUUCAAUAUUUUAUCUAAUUUUUGCACAAUUCUAUUCUAUCUCUUUAGUACUCAAUGUUAACUUAUUUCUACUUUACCCAAAAUAAUCAAGUAUUAUUCCGAUUAACUACUUUAAUUGUAUAACUUUUAUAUAAUAUAUAUAUUCUGUUAUUCAAUGCGACAAGUUUGGUUUAUAAAUGUUAAAUGUAAAAAUAUUAUGUUUAAUAGACAGCAUAUUAAAUAUAUUGAUAAUGUAUAUCUUACUAAAACUUUUUAUUUAUUAUUAUUAAAAGAAAAAUAACUGUUGCAGUAGUAUUAAUUGUUUAAAAUUAUUUUAGAUUGUUGGUGAUGAUUUAACUGUAACAAAUCCAAAACGUAUUGCUGAGGCAGUAGAAAAGAAGGCUUGCAACUGUUUGUUAUUGAAAGUCAACCAAAUUGGUACUGUUACUGAAUCUAUCGAAGCACAUUUGUUAGCCAAAAAGAAUGGAUGGGGCACCAUGGUAUCACAUCGGUCAGGUGAAACUGAAGAUACAUUCAUUGCUGAUUUAGUUGUUGGAUUGAGUACUGGACAAGUAAGUUUUCAAAUAAAAAUCAUAGUUCAUAAUAUUACGACUGUUUGUUUGAAUAUGACUACCAUGUCUUAUACAUAUAAUUGCUCACAGUUCAGUAAUUAAUAUUAAUUUCAGAUCAAGACUGGGGCACCUUGCCGUUCUGAACGUCUUGCUAAGUACAACCAAAUUCUCCGCAUUGAAGAAGAAUUAGGCAGCUGUGCUAAAUUUGCAGGCAAAAACUUCCGUAACCCACAAGCUUAAUUCACAAAUAUGAUACUUUUUAUGUAUUUUAUGUUUAAAAAUACAGAUUUACAUACUAUUAUACCUCAUCAUUAAUUUUAUAAUGACAAAAACAAUAAUAGCAAAUGAGUUUAAAGUAUUUCGGUAUACACUUUAGCAAAAAAAGUACGUAAAAAGUUAUAAUUGUUACUCUUAAUUGCAUUAGUUUUAUUAAAAUGUUCUUUAUUCCUAGCAUUUUGAUUAUAAUCAUAUGUAAUUUAUGUGUGAAAGCUGUUUUAGCAGCAAAAAUUGUUAAAAUAAAAAUCUAUUAUACUUGAGCAGUCAAAUAUCUGUGUUUUCGAUGUUUUAUAUAAUACAUUUUAAGUUGUCUAGGUAUCGUUAAUAGAUACAAGAUAUAAGACCAAACUAUAUUAUUGAAUA